AUGGCCCAAGGCUACCAUAUCUGCGCCUCGGUACAAGCAGAUGGUGAGCUUGUAAACCGUGGGAAGAACGAUGCGCCUCCGCCACCGAAGCCUGCGCAGCCUCGCGAUCCAUCCUACGGAGCUUGA